AUGGGAGGCACCACGGCCGUGCUGGCUGAGCUGCGGACAGAUGGGGCUGCCGAGAGCCCAGCUGCCAUCCAAUCUGGCUAUGACAGUAUAUCGCUGGAAGUGAAGUCCGAGGAGAAGCCGGGCCAGCCCAAGUCUGAAUCCGAACAGCUGCUUCGCUCCCUCUGCCGCACUUCUAUUCAAAGAAUAGAAGUCGAUAGUUCUCAGCUUCACACACAAAAUAAAAACCAUCUGGGUAUUCAGCUGGACUGGUUCCACCCUGGGGAGAUUCAGGACGAGGCUGCAGGCAGGAACUUACAAUUUAAUUCAGAUAGCGCAGCUUUCCUGAACUAUGACCUGCUGAUAUUCCUGGGCUCCCUGGGCCUUGUUCGUGUAUUAAAUUUGGGAAGUGCUCCUUUUCAAAGGUCUCAGCAUCCUCACGCUACCUCCUGCCGGCACUUCCACUUGGGGCCUCAGCCUCAGAUCCCAGCUGACUUUUCCCUCCCUCACCCCGUCCAGACCCAGUCGGGACUGAGCCCUCACAUGGCCACGCCUCACCAGCAUAACGGCCCUCUCCACCAGCCCUUGCCACCGCUGUCGGCCCUCCAGUUCCAGGACAUGACAGGCCCCUCGUUCCUACCUCAGGCCCUACACCAGCAAUACCUCCUCCAGCAGCAACUCCUCGAGGCCCAGCACCGGCGGCUUGUGGCGCAUCCCAGGCGGACUCAGGAGCGCAUGUCUGUUCACCCUCAUCGGCUGCACCCAGGCUUUGACUUCAGCCACCAACUGCAAACUCCUCAACCUUUAGGGCCUCAGCCCAGGUAUCUGGCUGAGGGCACUGACUGGGAUCUCAGUGUUGAUGCGGGAUUGAGUGCGGCCCAGUUCCAGGUUCGGACAGUUCCUCAGCAUUAUCAGCAUUACUUAGCUACUCCUCGAAUGCAUCACUUUCCCAGAAACUCCUCCUCCACGCAGAUGGUUGUCCACGAAAUCAGAAAUUACCCAUAUCCUCAGCUUCACUUGCUUGCUCUUCAGGGACUGAAUCCAAACAGGCACACGUCAGCGGUGAGGGAAAGUUAUGAGGAGCUGUUGCAGCUGGAGGACAGACUGGGUAGCGUGAGCCGGGGAGCAGUGCAGAACACCAUCGAGCGGUUCACCUUCCCCCACAAAUACAAGAAGCGAAGGCCACAGGAAGGCAAAGACAAGAAGGAGGACGGAGAGGAGUCGGACACAGAUGAGAAAUGCACAAUUUGUUUAUCUAUGUUGGAAGAUGGAGAAGAUGUGAGGCGCUUACCCUGUAUGCAUCUAUUCCACCAAGUGUGCGUGGACCAGUGGUUGGCCACCAGCAAGAAAUGUCCCAUCUGCAGAGUGGACAUUGAAACACAGCUGGGCGCUGACAGCUGAGGGGGGCCGCCCCCCACCCCCCCCGGAGACCCCAUCUUCCUUACCAGGUCACCCACGGCCAUAGCCCUUGCAGCAAAACUUUGCCUUCUGAGCCAUUUGAUUUAGAGGACAAGCCUGCAAGCACAUUUAGCGCUAAGAGGAAUUGGUGGUACAGUGUCUAGGGAUAGGAGAGGAUCCACCCAACCCGACUGGGCUCUCUGCCCUCUGCCCCGCCAGGGCGAAGGAUCUCGGCCUCCUCGGUGCGAGGGCGUCCCCGUGCUGCGGAAGACCUAGGUGCGAUCUUGAAGGUACUAGCUGGGUAGUGUGACCCAUCAAUCCUGCCCUUCCAAGGAUUGUAUAUAUACCUCUCAAAUCAGUAGAAACAAUGUAGGGGUCUUUAGCUAUUUCUGUGGAUGGCAGCCAGCAUGUUAGCUUAAGAAAAUGUUGUGUUUGGUGACCCUAGUCAUCUUGUGGUGGACACGUCGCUGUUACCUAAUUUGCACCAAAUAUUUUUCAUCGAGUCCUUGUUUUGGUGCCUGACAAAAACAAAGAACACAAACGUUCACGGAAACCAACAAAAGCCGAAUCUUCCCAUCGUUCAACAACAACAACAACAACAACAACAACAACAACAACAACAAAAUAGAAACGAAGGUGAGAAAGCCAAAUCCUGUUUACAGUGAAAAAGGAUUGCGUUCUUCACCCGGGGUCGGGGCUGCUUUCUUUGGAUCAUGUUUACAGCAUACGGAGAGACUGUAGGAAGCCUCUAGGACAGGAACGAAGGGGAGAGAGCCUAAUCCAAAGGGACCUGGGACCCUUGCUGGGACACUGGCCACCUCCCUCUGGCUCCACCCCCCAAAAACACCUGCUGGUGCUAGGCCUAGGGGAGGACGAGCCAGGGAUGAGGUCGGUGGAGGGUGGGAGAUGAGGGCCCCCUCCCCCAAUUCCUUCUCUCUGGACCAAGGGACAUGGGACACUGGGGCAGUAGUCCCCGAGGAGAGCUAUGAGAUUGGCUGGCUGAGAUGGAGACUCCCCAUCUUUCCGUCGGAAGAGGGAGAUGGAAGUGCCUCCACAGUUGCUCACUGCAUCCCUUCUGGAGCCCGUAGGGCUCUUGCUAGGCGCCUUGUUCCCUUCUGCCUCUCCCCUCCCUGGUGGCCAAGGGAUGACCGCUGCUCUGCCCGUCUGGGUGGCAGAGGGCAGAGAUGACUCGCCUGGGCCCAGUCAGAGAGCCAGCACAGGGGCGACUGAGAAACAUCCAUCGGGAGGCCCCUCCCCGACACCCCGCCUCCCUUCACCCCUCCCACGGCACCUCUUGACUAGAGGGCACCAGGUGGGGUAAGAUGUGGGGCUUUGCAAGGACUCUCUGGAUCAUUUCCAAAGUCAAAGGGGCAGUUUCACUCAGAGAGAAAAGACGGGCUCCAGGGCUUAGAGCAUCAGACCGGGAGUCAGGACACCAGGGUUUGGACCCCAGCUUCUCCCUUGACUCACUGUGUGACCUUGGGCAAGUCACUUCCCUUCUUCUGUGCCUCAGUUUCCCCAUCUGCAAGUGGGGGACAAUACUAUCUGCCCCCUUCCCUACCUCACCAGGAUGUCGUGAGGAUAAAUAACAUCGGUGAUGUGCUCUGUGCUGCUUAGAGAGUCUACUAGCUAGGGACUGAUCUCAUGGUUCUCCUAGGGUGACCAAUUAGGAAAUUUCCAGUGCUCUCAGACAAUAAACCUUCUCGUGUAGCUCAACUGCUUCUUAGCAUCCCGAAGGGAACAGAGAGAUGGAAUUGGGGAAGACCAGGAGCGGGAGAGUGGGGAAAUCCACCAGGUUUCAUCAUGUACCAAAUUUAUUAUUUUGUAUACUGCUUUAUCUUUAAAGGGUUGGGAAUAAGGAAAGGUAGGUUACAGCUCAAAUGGAAUCCUUCACUCCAUCCUUGUACCCUUCACCUUCCUCCUCUAUCCCUGGUCCCCUUCCCUCCCGGCUCUAAAGCUCAGUCAUCACAGAAAGAAUUUUAGGGAAUCGACUGGCCCAGUAGCCAGAUGAUAAACUCCUCGAGUUGAACUGUGUUUUCCAAAGACCCCUUCAGUUUGGGAAGGAGGCUGAGCCCGGGAAGAAAACUGGAACUCUUAGUCUGAAGGGAAAAGAAGUUUCAGUAUCCUGGCCCAAUUGGAAUGUCCUCCCAACCUACCCAGUGUGAACGGUAAUAACGGAGGGGAGAGCGAGGUCCCAAAGACUGGUGGACGAUCCCAAGCAAUGGUGUUUUCUCAGCGAGGCUGCUGGCUGUUUGUGUCGCUUGCCUGCCACGUGAGCUAGCUAUUUCUCUUCAUUUAUUUUUAGGUGCAAUGAAUAGAUUCCCCAUCAAGAUUCUGAACCUCGCUCUCUCCUCCUCCCUCUUACCAGCGAGCCUUGGGAGGGUUGGGAAAAAUAAGCACCUUGACCAACUCCCCUAUCGGAUGAUCUUUAUUCAUGACAUUCAAAUCUCCCAGAUGAUUUCCCCAUUCACCCACCUGGGCACAGGGGACAGGAUCCAGUGAACCCUGAAUAUCCCUUCCAGGUUUUUAGAAUUCUUGGCAACUCUGUGUAGGAUGCUGGUGACUGGGUGAUUUCUGUUGCGUUGGGACAUCUGUUUCUCGGAGUUCAGUAUGAGUUCAGUGAGUGUUGAGGAACAGAAAUGACCUAUUCAUUCUUACCAGAAAAUAUCGAUUGGAGGCCAAUGGCAGGUGUGGCCCAGUAUUUGAUUCGAUGUCUGCGGUGAGGGAGUUUAGUUGAGACCCAGGGCCUGCCCUCAUGUGCCUUUCCAUCACAAAGGAGAUGGUCGCAUUCCAGUUGAGCUGUAAGCGUGAAAGCCUCUCUCAGAGCGGUUGAGGCUGACUCCUCUGCCAGCUGGGGGCCGCAGCCGGACGAGGGGUGAAGGAUGGAAUUCCCAGCACCAAGGUUCUCCUCACCCCAACCCCAACGGUGUCCGUGGGUGAGAGUCCGCCGGGCGCCCCGACUCAGGAGCCUGGAGGCCUCGUGGCCGGAUCCAGAGUGGUAGGGCCCAGCGAGGGCAGUGCCCACCAUUUCCUUCUCCCUUUCUGAUGAGGGAGCCCGCUGGGGUAUUGGAGGUAGUUGGGGAGGGAGCAGAGAGGGGGAAGAGAGGAGAGGAUUGCAGCUCUUCAGAGCACAGAUUGGGGCGACCUCUCUGAGGAGAGGCCAUUUCUGGUCGUCCUUCCGUUCAACCCAGUGGGCUUUUUGCUGAGAAACACGAGUGCCUUCCGGGGCAAGGAACAGCCCCGGGUUACUGAACUCGGGCCUCUUUCGAGCAGCCGCGGUCCUCCUGGGACUCCGACUAGGCGAACGCCGACGGGGGUAGCCAGUAGGGCCGGUAGGGGUGAGGCAGCGGGAGGUUUGGGGAGCUCUCGAGGUCACCUCCCCCGCCUCCCCUCCUGGUGGCAGUGACUGAGUUCCUCUCUAUCAAGUGUUCACGGCCAAUGCGCGAGUAUUAUGAACCCUUUAUGCCUAAUGAACAAGCACAGUUUUUCAAUGGUGAAGAAAGCACCAAACUCCUCUAGAAGGAAAGCCCCGUGUCAGAGAGACAUGCAAUGGAGAGGCUGUCUGAUGCCUGAGAUUGUCUGGGUCUGUCAGGUACCCCUUGUGUUUCAUCUCCUGUACGCAUAGAGCCAACGCUAGAGCGAUUUCAGUCGGUAGAAAAGAAAACAAAACAAAAAAAAAAAACCACGGCACGUUGAUAGUUUACAGGGUUUUGUGAGUUUAAAUGCCUUAUAUUUAACAAUCAUAAUUUAUGACUAACUUGUAGAUAUUGUGGGUUCUUAUUUAAUUAUUUUUAUAGUUGUUUUGCAUUUUUAAUUAUAAUUUAUUUAUUUAGAGAUAAUACUAAUUUUUUUUAUUACUCCUAUUACCUCAUUUUUGCAUUGUUUCUGGGAGUGGAAUGCUUUGCAUGCAUCGGUACUUUAAGACUUUAAAAAAAAAAGCGCGAAUUUAUCUUGUCCAAAAUCAGGGUGUGUGAUUGCAAACUGUAGUACUGUGGUGCUGUUCCCUUGGAUACAUUCCAUGAAAAUGCAAACCUUUGAUUCUGUAUGCUGUGAUCUAGUGGAAAACUGCAAUAUAGUGAACGUGUUUAGCACAUAUAUAAAUAUUAUUUGCACUCAUAAUCGAAGUGAGAUAAUCCUUUCACUCGCUUUCUUCUGGGUCACGCUGAACAGACCAGUUCCCACCUCACCUAGAAAGGUACGCGGUCGGUGCAGGGAAGACUUCUGGGCCGGACUUCUAGACUGUAAACUUGUUAUGGGCGGGGAACGUGUCUGCUAAUUCUGUCGUACUGUACUCUCCCAAGCGCUCAGUACAGUGCUCUGAAUGUAGCGUUCAGUGAAUACCAUUGAUUGAUUGACCCAGGGGGAUCAAAUAACUGGGUCCAAAGUCUAUAGUGUCCAAAGAUAUGGCCUCAGGGCCCGUUCCUAUCUGCCAAGUGCUCGUGUCAAGGAUGCAGGACUCAUCAGAGAUGGGCCUGAACAGACGUGGCGACUUUGAAGCACGGAAGGCAUUGUUUAUGGUUCGGUUGGCACAACCCGCCUCAAUUUCCAGCACAGAUGCCCAGGAGAGACGACGACUAAACUGGCACGAGGGCCUUGUGAGGUUAGAGUUGGGAUUAGGGAGGGGAGUGGGAGUUGGCAGAGUGGUGACCUUUCGAGUCUGGAGUUUUGAAAUGGUUCUCUCGCCCCUUGACUUUAGAAGGGUUAACAGCCACAGGUGGCUGAGAAGCCCGGAUCCACAGAUUGGUUAUCAUAGCUUCUUUGGUCCUCUAUCUGGAGUUACAAACUGGGUAGCUUCCGCCCCCUCUAGAGCUAUGAUCCUCUGGGGCUCCCCAGACACCCAUUAGAGUUGCGUCUUCACAGACAAAAUAAAGCUGAUCGAUUGAAUCAGUUCGAUCCACUGGUUACUGUAGACGAGCACAUCGGAUAGAGCAGUAUUUAUUUCUCCUCUUCCUCUUUAAUUCCAGGGUGGGGAUGGUUAGGGAUUUUUGAGGGGUGCUAAAUUGCAUGAAAAACAACUCAACUUUCCACUUCGUUUCACUUGAGGAGAAGCGAUUUCGGCUGAAGGAAGGAAAAAUCCCUCCAAUUGUGAGACCCAGGCACUGAACUCUGGGAAAGAUUUUGAAUGUGUUUGGGAAAAUGGGUGGAAAUAUGUUCUACAGGAAGGCAAGUUUGACAGGCCCCAAAUUAUGACCCUUUAAGUUUUAAGGCAACGGAGCUGCUCCUGGAGGUUUGGGAAGAGCAAACAGGUGGCUUUCCACAAUCAAGCAUCACUCCUAGGAAAGGAGGAGGAAGAAGUAGGGGAGGAGUUUCAGCCCCAGUGGUCAGACAUUCAUUUGUGAGUUGAACUUUGGUCAAGGUCAUCCUUGAAACUGCACUCCCGGAAAUCUGUCUUCCCUCUGCUUUGGAUCCAGAGACUCACAAGUGAUCUGGGAAACCAGGAGUGUCUGGGAGUGGGGAGGAGCCUGGCCCAAGGUGCAGAGAGGAUGGGUUUUCAUUUUAUAUUAUUUUAUUUUUCAAGGCGUCAUUAAGGCAGGUGCUUCGGGAAAGCUCUGAUUUUCCCAGAGGUCCAGCCAGGAAUUGAAGAGUCAGCAGUAGAGAUUUCUCAUGGGCUUGAAUCUUCACACAUCCUCUCUGGGACUGGGAGAAUAUGCAGAUGAGAAAGCUAGACCGGACGGGAGUAGUAUGUGGAAACAGUGGCCCCUGUCCCUUGGCCUCAGUUUCCUCAUCAGGACCCCAGGUGUCUAUCUUAGUUUCCAGUCUAAGGUGCUCUGUAAAAUGUGCUUCCCAUUCGAACGGAGGGUGGGACUUUUCCAAGAUCAAGGCUUUAGCUGGACUGACUAAUUAGUGAUCAGAAAUCACUGAGCACAGACAUUCAAGUCCCACCCACCAGGCUUUUGGCUGAUUCUGAAAACAUAGCUUUCUUGGGUCCUCUUUCUCUGAAAAUACACCCAAACAAAAACCUCAGUUAUUUCAUUUGGAAAUGUCCACACCCCCAAACUCUUCUCCUUUCAAAGAUGCCUGCCUCUUCUGAGGAACACCUGUUCCUGGUUGCAGAUGGGAUCCUGAGGCUGAUUAGAAUGGGAUAAGUGGUGGGGCAAGGCCGAGGAGGCUUUGCUGAAAGCGGAGCUUCCUGGAAUGAAGAGAUGUCCUCCUUGUGUUGCUCUUAAGUAUUUGGAGAUUCUCAUUCCGACCCUUCAACCUCAGUUCCACCCUUCCUUUUCCCAGAAUGUUGCCAAAGGAUUUAACUAACUUCAGGAGGAGGGGACAGUGUAUGGGAAGCCAAGGAUCCUGGGAGAAAUAUAGUCAGGGAAAGCAGACGCUCAUUCCGUAGAAACCAUCCAGAGGCCCGGGAGAGAAGUGUCAUCUUCCCAGAGCUGAUUCACUGGAGCGGUGGCAAUGUCUUAGGCUGUUUCAGGAUUCCCAGUUCCCCGCCCUGGGCGGCUGAAGCACCACUGAGAUCACUCUUCCCCCUUGGAGCGGACUCUGAGGUUGAGGCCUGAAAACCCCAGAGGCAGCCAGUUCCCUUCUCCAAUUUCCCAUUGGCCCUUCUCUUCCCCAUCUUCUUCCCUGGACCACCUUGGAGGCCUGAGGUGAGAAUUCUUAACCCUGGGUGAGUGAAAGGAUUAUCCUCAUUUUUUUUUUUUGUAAUCCUACUGCUGUUCUGUUGUGCUGUGCAACAUUUUGCUACAUAGACUAUUUUAUAGAAAAAAGCUAGAAGAAUAUUUAUUAUUAAUAUUAAAGCAAUAGUGCAUUGAAGAGAUGAAGACAUUAGAAAUUGUGUAAAUGCUUAGAUUCACUUUUGGUGGAUUUUUUGUACUUUAUUUAUAACUAAUAAAACAAAUUGCCUUGCUAACUACA